CCCGCGGGACCACCUCUUCUAAAACCCACUAUCCCGUUUAUCGGACACAUCAUCGGGUUGAUCCGACACCAGGCAGAUUACCACCGAAUUCUACAGCGCAAAUCCAAGCAGCCAAUCGUUACACUUCCUAUACUUACAGGAAAGCUGUACGCCAUCUUUGACCCCUCCUUAAUCUCAGCCGGCCUCAAGAACAAGCACCUCUCAACGAAACCCCAGGUCAGAGCUGCCGUCGCGCCGUUGAUAAAAGCCAGCAAAGGCACCGUCGACCUCAUGAUGAGCGAGCAGGGCGACGUGCUUCAAGACCGCAUAAUGCUACACGCCAUCCCGACUAGUUUCUCUAGGGAGCUACAUAUUUGGCUUUGGAUUAGGAAUAUUGUCGCAAAGGCCACGACACAACCGAAAAGCCACCUCGGGCGUAUAAAGCUAGCCCAAGCCUUGACUCCUUACUACUCCUCCCAGGAAAUGCGCAACGCCGGUCUCCCAGUGGAGGAUAUUGCUAAGAUUGAAACCUUCCUCCCUCUCGCAAAAAUACCUUUCCUGUGGAGCUGCUAUAGAGAAACCCUCCGUCUUACUAAGUACCUAGAUUUCAAACCUGAUCGGUUUUUGGGGUUAACGAAGGAAGAGGAGAGGGCGUUUAAGGUGGCUUAUCAGCCGUUUGGCGGUGGAUUGCAUCUCUGUCCGGGGAGGCAUUUUGCCUUGGCGGAGAUGAUGGCUGUCAUAACGAUAUUGCUGGUUGGGUUUAAGGUUAGGGGUUUGGAUGGGGAGGGGGAGUGGAGGGAGCCUGGGAGGGCCACGGCGAGUAUUAUUGAUGCGGCUACCAGGCCAAAGGAUUAUGGGGCGGGUUUUGGGGCGAAGGUUCGGAGGAGGGAGGGGUGGGAGGAUGUUGUCUGGGAGUAUAAGUUUUAA